AUGUCUUCGACAGGAACUACAUCAGCAAGAACAGCCCAAGCGAUUAGAAUGCAUAAUGAAGCUACCGUACGCCUGAAAGAAUUACGUCAAAUUGUUCAGAGUGAAGUAAUUGAUUCAGGUCAAGGUACCGAUGAAAUUAUACAGUUACAGGGUGGUGGUGAAUUACAUUUUGUAAACACAAAAAAUACACGUGCAUAUUACUUAAAUCAUGAAGAAUCAUGGCUAUAUCUAGAACGUGAAAAUGAUGGUACAUCGGGAACAUUAUAUAUCGUACGACGACUUCAGGAUGGACGACUCGUCACAAAAAGUAUGCAAGACUGA